UUCUCCUCACUGAUCCCCUCUGCUUCUUUCAUUACCUCAAUGCCCUGCCGCUAAAAUUCCAGGUCUCCCACAUCAUAUCCAAACCCAAAACUGUGAUCUAACAUCAUCCAAUGAAUCUUUAACUAUUUAGAGGAUCAGGACCCAAUUUUAACUACCAACAAAGAGGCAAACACCCUUUCCUUCAACUCUUCGUGAACUUUCUUCCAUUUUCCUCUGCAGAAUCGGGUCUACGGUUGAAUUGCUAAAGAGGGGGUUCAUUGAUUGGGGUAUUUGCUGAUCUGGGUUUCUUCCAAAUCUCCAAAUUUGGAUAAGAUUGAGGUUGAAUUGGCUUGGGAGUGGCUCAACGAGCUAGGGUUUCGAAAACUUUGAUUAUUCUUCUUUUUAAUUACUUGAUAAAGUGAGUGCGGAUCGAUGGAGGCUUAUAAGACAUGGGUUAGGAGGAACAAAGACUACGUACACUCUUUGGAGUCUCUUGCUAAUGGAUUGACAUGGCUUCUUCCUGAAAGGUUCUCCACUUCAGAGAUAGGGCCAGAAGCAGUAACUGCAUUUUUGGGGAUAAUCACUGCCCUCAAUGAGCAUAUAAUCGAUACUGCUCCUUCCGAGAGGCAACCUGGCUCUGCUGACCCUUCAUCAUUCCCUUAUGGGUUGUGCAUAUCGGCACUAAAGGACUUGGAAACUUUGGUUGAAGUUGUUGCAGAGCAUUACUAUGGUGAUAAGAAAUGGAAUUUCAUUGCUGUUACAGAAGCUAUCAAGGUGAUGGUCAGAUUAGCUUUAUUCCGGAACAGUGGAUAUAAAAUGCUUCUUCAUGGAGGAGAGACACCAAAUGUUGAAAAAGGUUCGGACGAUACAAGUUCACAGCAUAGAAUUGGAGGUUUUACUGGACCUGGAGGUUAUCAUCAUGGACCUGGUUGGUUACCGAACAAUCAUGGGCAAAACCCAUGGAGUUUUGAAGGAAGGGCUUUGUCUGCUUUGAGCAGAUUUGGAGAGAGUGUUAGGACGACGUCCAACCCUACAUGGAUCCAGAGAGUUCCACAACAGCAUCCAAUUAUGGAGCCCCCAACUUCAAUUAUUAAAAGGCCUACACUCGCCAUGAUUCUGUCGGAGAAGGGCGUUAAUGGAGCUCUAUUUGUUCUGGGGGAGAUCCUCUUUAUUACAAGACCACUUAUAUAUGUUUUUUUCAUUAGAAGAUAUGGAAUUAGGUCUUGGAUUCCUUGGUUUAUUUCUCUGUCUGUGGACUUCAUUGGAUUCGGCUUUCUAUCACAUGUUACAAAAUCCGGGACAGUUGAAAGAGAGCAAAAGUUCCAUUUUUCUGCCUCCGAAAAGGAUGAGGUCAAACGACGGAAACUGUUGUGGGCACUUUACCUCAUGAGAGAACCAUUCUUUGGCAAGUAUACCAGGCAAAAGCUUGAAGGCACUGAAAGGCUAUUGGAGCCGGUUCCAUUAAUCGGGACUCUAACAGGAAAAAUUGUGGAGCUUAUAAUCGGAGCGCAGACGAGAUACACGUACAUGUCGGGAUCUUGAGAAUGCAGUGGCACGAAAUCAUGUUUUGUUGCUGUUGUAUUCUUUUAACCAUAUUAAAAGCAUAAAAGUAUUAGUUGAUGACUGAGAAUCAAUUUUGUAUUUCAUUCCAUCCGAAUC